AUGGGCGGUGGGUUGGAAGCCGAGCUGCCCCCCCGGGCUGCCGAGGAUGCGGCGGCGGCGUCGACGGAAUCUUCGGGCCCCCUGACGACGAUUGAUGACGAGGAGAAGGCGAGGGAUAUAGCAAACAAUGACUUGCGGGGGCCAAAGAAGCAGACGUACUCGGGCCUCGUGCUCCUGUGGCUCAGCUUCCAGGCCACGGGCAUCAUCUACGGCGACAUCGGCACGUCGCCGCUGUACGUGUUCUCGUCGACCUUUUCGGCGCAGCCGUCGUGGGCGGACCUGGUGGGCGCCCUGUCCAUCAUCAUCUGGUCGCUGACGCUCAUCGUCACGGUCAAGUACUGCUUCAUCGUGCUGGCGGCCGACGACGACGGCCAGGGCGGCACGUUUGCCCUGUACAGCCUGCUCGCGCGCUACACCAACAUCACGCGUCGGGGGCCCAGGGAUCCCUCCUCCUCCUCCUCCGCCGCCGGGGCCGCCGCCGGGGCCGCCGCCCUCAAGCGCCACGACACCAACGACCUCAAGCUGGGGGGCCGCUCGCUGCGCGGCUUCCUCGAGCGCUCGCCCGCGUCGCAGCUGGCGCUGCAGUUCGUCGGCGUGCUGGGCGUGUCCAUGGUCAUGGCCGACGGCGUGCUGACGCCCGCGCAGUCGGUGCUGGGCGCCAUCCAGGGCCUCCGGGUCGUGCGCCCGGACCUGGGCGCCCCGGCCAUCGUCGGCGUCUCGUGCGCCAUCCUGGUCGCGCUGUUCCUCGUCCAGCCCCUGGGCACCGCCGGCAUCGGCACCGCCUUCGCGCCCGUCGUCGCCGUCUGGCUGCUCUUCAACCUGGCCGCGGGCGCGUACAACCUGGCCGCGCACGACUGGACCGUCCUCGGGGCCUUUGGCCCGCACCACGCCUUCCUGUACCUGGCGCGCAACGGCGCCGACGGCUGGCGCUCGCUGGGCGGGCUGCUGCUCGCCUUCACGGGCGUCGAGGCCCUGUUCGCCGACCUGGGGGCCUUUAGCAAGCGCGCCGUCCAGAUCUCCUGGCUGGCGCUGGCCUACCCGUGCCUGCUGCUGGCCUACGCCGGCCAGGCCGCCGCCAUCUCGGCCGACGCGACCCAGACGGCCUUCCAGAACCCCUUCUUCGCGACGCUGCCGCCGGGCAGCUUCUACUUGGGCAUGGUGAUUGCCGUGCUGGCGGCCGUCGUGGCGUCCCAGGCCAUGAUCACCUCGACCUUUCAGCUGCUGACGCAGAUCAUGAGGCUGUCGUACUUUCCGCACAUCAAGGUCGUGCACACGAGCCGGCGCUUCCACGACCAGGUGUACAUGCCCAUGGCGAACUGGCUGCUGAUGAUUGGGACGAUAAUCAUUACUGCGGUGUACAAUAACACAACGUCUCUUGGAAACGCCUAUGGCGUUUGCGUUAUAACCGUCACCUUCAUCACGACUUGCAUGGUGGCCAUUGUGGCCAUCCUCGUCUGGAGGCUCCCCGCCUACGUCGUGCUCCCCGUCUGGCUCGUCUUUGCCGCCCUCGACGGAGCCUUCCUGUCGUCCGUGUUCGGCAAGGUCCCCGACGGCGCCUGGUUCACCCUCCUGCUGGCCUUUAUCCUCGCCUCCAUCUUCACGCUCUGGCGGUUCGGCAAGGAGACGCAGUGGGCGGCCGAGGCAAAGGACCCCCUCUCGCCGCAGUCGCUGCUGGACCUCGACGUCGGCCCCGGCCACCACCACCACCACCAGCAGGCCGCGCUCAAGCCUGCCUACGGCGGCAUCCCGCUGUCCACGACGCCCGGGCUGGGCGUCUUCUUCGACAAGACGGGCGACCCGUCGAGCCUGCCGACGUGCUUCGCCGAGUUUGUCAAGAAGUUUGCCACGCGGCCCGCCGUCGUCAUCUUCUUCCACAUGAGGCCGCUGCCCCGGCCGUGGGUGGCGCCGGAGGAGCGGUACGUGGUGACGCGCAUGGCCGGGCUGGCGGGGUGCUACAGCAUCGCCCUGCGGCACGGGUACACGGACCACGCGCUGCACCCGGACGUGGCGCGCGACCUGGUCGGCCAGGUGGAGCUGGCCGUGUCGCGGGGCCCGGCGACGGCGGCGUCGGACGCGGAGCUGCGCGUCCUGCGCGCGGCGGCCGGCACGCAGGUGGUGUAUGUCCUGGGCAAGGAGGUCAUCAAGAUCCGCCCGCCGCGGAGCAAGGCGUCGAUCGGGGGGUUCCUGCGCUACGCGCUGCUGUGGGUGUUUCUGUGGAUCCGGGAAAACUCGCGCACCAAGCUGGCCGAUCUGGACAUUGACGCCAACAAGCUCAUCGAGGUGGGGUUUGUCAAGGAGAUAUGA